GCUGCGACUCCGAAGGAGCCGGUCGCCGGCGCGAUGUGCGCUCGCGGACAGUGCUGUCGCGACCACGCUGCCAACUCAUCGUCUGUCCGCUGUCUCUACUCGCUGCCGCCGCUGCGAUACUACGCGGCCGUAAUACACAAACUUAACACGAAGUUGACAAAGUCGCAAGCUGUAUAUUUUAACGUUAAAAUUUAAAAGAACUAAAACUGUUUCAUUAGUUACAACAAAUAAUAACUUUUUAAAAAGUUUGAAAAAACUUGAGUUUGAGUUGGUGAACACUAGAAAAUAAAAACGAUCCUCGUUGGUGAUGUGAUAUGGCCAAGUUCCAUCACAAUGGUUGCGGAAGCGGAUCGCGUGCGCGAGUUGUUCUGGCGAGCUGCGCAUGGGCAUGCGCAGCUGUGUUCGCCUCCGCUGCUGCCGACGCCCAUGCAGAUGUCGACACAUCCACAGGUCUCGGCGAUAACACACUUACAAAUUCAGUGGUGGAGGAACCGGAGUUCACAGAUGUCAUUCAGAACGUGACGGUGCCAGCUGGGCGCAGCGUGCGGCUCGCCUGCUCUGUAAAGAACCUCGGCUCUUACAAGGUGGCGUGGAUGCAUUUCGAGCAGUCAGCGAUCUUGACAGUGCACAACCACGUGAUCACUCGUAACCCCCGCGUCAGCGUCACCCACGACAAGCACCGCACCUGGUUCCUGCACAUCUCGGACGUGAGAGAGGAAGACAGAGGGCGCUACAUGUGCCAGAUCAACACCGUCACCGCCAAGACGCAGUUUGGCUAUCUCCAUGUUGUUGUGCCUCCAACGAUCGACGACUCUCUGAGCUCGAGCGACGUUAUCGUGCGCGAGGGCGCCAACGUCACGCUGACGUGCCGCGCUAAUGGCUCGCCUAAGCCCACCAUCAAGUGGAAACGAGACGACAACUCUAAAAUCUCCAUCAGCAAGGGACAUACCGUAUCGGAAUGGGAAGGCGAGGUUUUGGAGAUGGCUCGCAUUUCUAGAUUGGACAUGGGCGCUUACUUAUGUAUCGCUAGUAAUGGUGUGCCACCGACGGUCUCGAAACGAGUUAAAGUUAGCGUUGACUUUCCACCAAUGCUAUGGAUUCCACAUCAAUUGGUUGGUGCUCCGUUAUUUUACAAUGUAACGUUGGAAUGUUUCACUGAAGCUCACCCGACAUCUCUGAACUACUGGACCCGUGAUGAUGGACAUAUGAUUCACGAAAGUCACAAGUAUCAUAUGGAAAACACAGUUGGAUUACCUGCAUAUAAAACGCACAUGCGGCUUCUGAUAAGACACAUAGACAAUGAAGAUUACGGAACUUAUAAAUGUGUUGCCAAAAACCCUAGAGGAGAAUCUGAUGGAACCAUACGACUUUACACGUCUUCCCCGCCGACGACUACUCCUGACCCUCGCGCUGUGACGGUUCCAUCGCCCUCCAAACCUCCGCGCAGGGAAAAUCCGCUCUCCGAGAAAGGAACUAAAUAUCAGUCGAACCUGAAUGAGAUCGAUAAGGGGAAGCAGAAGACAGACGAGGGUGGCGGGAAGACGCACCUUACUUGGGUGGGAGGCGCUUCGCAGGUUACAGGUUCGGCGCAUUGGAUCAGAUGUUAUCUAUGGGUAAUAAUUUUGUUAGCUGCACCACUAUACUUUUAAGGUAUAUAUCUAUAUAUUAUUAAACUCGUUUUAAUCCACACUGUCCAUUUUGUAUAUGGUAUAUAAUAAAAGCUAAUUUAAUAGAGCUAUAUUUAAAAUAAUUUACCUUCACGAUAUAGCAUGUUAUAUUUGUUUUAAUUUCAACAAAAAAAAACAUUAGUUCUUGUCCAUAAUAAAUUCACAUAUUAAACUUUCGAAGUUUAAAAAAAUACCAACAUUUGUUCAACACUUUCUUCUUUGUUUUAAAUGAGCUUAGAAAAAUUAAUGCUUAUAUUGAGAGUAUUUUUUAUUUACCUAUCGUCUUAGUGAAAAUACAAAAGUAAAAAAAUGCAUUGUUAUGAAAAGAUUAUGAAUUCACUAUUUUAGAGAAGAUAUUAUAAGUUCGUAUAAGUCUUUGAAAACAGGUACAGUAGAUUAAAUAGAAUAUAUCUAAAUGUAGACGCUCCACCGUGUCGUUGUUUAUUUAUACAAUAGAUGUAAUUGUAACUAUUUUGUUCUAAUCAAACUAUAUUUACUAAAUGUAAAAAAGUUGUUGUUGAUUGCAUAUUAUGAGUAAAUAAUGUACACAGUUCCUUGAACUAACGGUCACGUUUUGGCAGAUUUUGCAUUUUUCUUCCAUUCACUAAUUCCAAUUUUAAUGAAAUAACUUAUGAACCAACUUAUUUCAUUAUGUUAAUAUUGAAAUCUGCCAAAGCGUGAAAUUAAUUAAACUAGCGAAUCACUGCACACAUAUUACAUAAAAUAUAAAGUGCACUAUUAUAUCAUAUAAUUAUAAUACAUAUAUAUAUAGCGUAAGACUGAAAGUUAACUUAAUAGUUGUAUGAUCUUGUCUAUAGAAAUGGAAUUAUUUUUUGUGUCCACCUCAUAUUUGCUGUGAUAAGCUUACUACGAAAAUAAUUUUACAAAGUACUUUAUGUGUUUAUGAAUACUUUAUGGACAGACGAUUUUACUUUUAACAUUGCAAAUAAACUUACAUCAUUCCAUGAAAAAAUAUUUAUUUGUGACCUUUCACAAAUUGAACACAAUAAAUAAAUAAAUAUAUCAGGACAAACACCACAGAUACUUAAUUAUUAAUUCGAAAGAAAGAAUCUGUUAAUAGUAACAUAUUCUUUUUAAAUGCUAAUUCAUAUAUGACUAAUAAAAUAUAUCAAUAGUGAAUUAGCAUUUAUAACUACAAAUGCAUGUCUGAUAUUUUAAAUUUGCUUUCGAAUCGAAUUUGCAAUUUUUAAAUUUUAGUGCACAUUUAAGGGAUGAAAUAUUUAAUAAAACUGAGAUACACGUGGAUGCUCACAGCAGUUAUUAUUUACUUGCUUUAAAUAAAAUGACAGAAUAAAAAUAUUUGCCAUUUUGCGAGUUUAUACGAGGUAUAUAUUUUACCAAAACGUUUCUUCUGUCAAUUAUAAAUUGUAUGUAAAUGUUACCGUUAUACAUGUUGCCAAAUGCUUAGUUUAAGAUAAUGCUACCUAGAUAGAAAUAUUGUACAUAUAUCCUUAAGCCGAAGCAAUGGAGUGUUUUUGAUAAAAAGAAUGUAUUGUUUAGAUUGUGAGAUAACUGUGUGAAAUCUGGAUGAUUGUAAACCGAAAUUUCACGUUAAGACCCUAAGAUUGAUUAGGUUAUAAAUAAAUAAAGCUUGUUUUAAAUAAA